AUGUAUGGAGAUAAGACAGUUGCGGUGAUUCGAGUAUACGAUGGAGAUAAUAUGAGUGCGGUGAUUCACCUUGAUAACUUAUGUUUUCAGGACAACAUUGUAUGUCUUCCGAAGAAGUUAGCCGCCUCCCUGGGAAAUAUUAACCCUAUCUGUGUAUGUUAUAAAGUCACACAGACUGUACACUUGAUAGACCCUAACACACUGAGAGUUGCUGAAGUAAGUGGUCAAGUGUACUGGAGGUCACCAUUUGUAUCUCUGUGUUCACCUAAACAACUGAUAGAGUACAUGGUGAUGCAAGUAGACAUUGUACUGGACAAGGAUAAACCUGUUGUUAGAGGUCAAACUUCACAGAAGCAUGUGUUAGCAGAUGUCUGGGUAUCUAGGAUGAGUGAUCUAGGUGUGAAUGAUCAACAGUAUUUCUGUAGAACACAUAUAGGGCAUCUUCUCAACACCGGUGAUACUGUACUAGGGUUUGACAUGUUGAAUGCUAAUUUAAACAAUGAGCACAUAGAGAAAUUGAAAGAAGAAAAGCUUCCAGACGUGGUGAUCGUGAAGAAAGUAUUUGCUGAUAAGAAGAAACGUAACAGACGUAGAAAGUGGAAGUUACAUCACCUUAAUGAUGAAUUACAUAACCUUGACAGUGAUUCUGUCAUGAAUGAGUACACAGAUUUCCUGGAGGAUUUGGAAGAAGACCCCUCUAUCAGACAGAAUGUCAAUAUAUAUAAAGACAAGAACAGGAUUCCCAUUGACAUGGAUGACACAGAUGAGGAGGGUAUUCCCCAGAUCAGUCUCCAAGAAAUGCUUGAUGACCUUCACAUUGCUGAUGAUGCUACUGGAGGGGAAGGGGCCGCCAUGAUGGAUUAGUUACAUACAUCAGGAUUUUACUUGGUGUUGAAAUAGAAGAAACAACUGAGACAGGAGGAUGAAUAUACUAUGUUACAACAUAUAUUGUAUUCCUGUUUGAAUCCUAUAAAUAGAUUGGUGUAACAAUGUUGUAAAAUCACAAUAUACAUGUGUAUCAAUAUUUCGGUUUUCUUCUGCAUCAAACAUUGUACAUGUAUAUAUAGCCACUAAGGAAUUGUGAAAGUUUGAUGAUGUAAAAGUUAAAACAUUUUUUCAGGAAAACAGGACUAUCUUAAGCUGUCACAUAACAUUGAAAGCAGCAUUGCUAUUAUUACGUCUUGAUACACCUUUUGUCUGAGAAAAUACAUAACUAACUUGAUUAAUUUGGCAUGACAAGUUAAACCCAUUUUACAUACUGUUUCUUUUUCCUACCGUCAAACCAUUAGGGAAAAGACAUCACCCGUCCUUAAAGUAUCUCCAUUUUUUUGGACAAGUCUUAUAAUUUGGACUAAGUGACUACAUUUUCUAAAAUGAUGCAAUGGAUUUAUUUAUAUGAUCUGCUUCCUGUAUUUUGGUUUAAUUAAAUGUUGUUUGAACAAAGAUUGCAUAAGAUGUGGAAACAUAAAACCUGAAUGAUCUAGUUAAGUAAAAGGAUGCCAAGUGCAAGUCCCUGGUCAAGCUACUGGUAAAAUGAUUCUUUUACUUGUAAAGAUAUUGGUGAUUACAGGUUAGUUAAUAGGAGUGUCCGUGGCCGAGUGGUUAAGUUGGUUGACUUCAAACCUCUUGCCCCUCACUGCUGUGGGUUAAAAUCUCGGCAGGGACUUUGGAUUCUUUCAAAGCUGUCCAGCUAGCUUACCGAACAUCGUUGGUUCUACUCAGGUGCCCAUUGGUGCCUGAAAUAAUGCACUAAAGGACACCUGAGGUCUUCCUUCACCACUAAAGCUAGAAUGUCUCCAUAUGACCUAUACUGUGUCGGUGUGACAUAAAACCCAAAACAAAUAAACAGGUUAGUUAUCUAGAAAAACUGGUAUGACCAAACAUGUUAAGAUCUGCAUAUAUGUGUAUAUAUCUUGAUUAACAAUAUAAUUAAACCGAAUUUUUUAAGUAGACCCAGCACAUCAGAUUACUGUUUUUACUAUGCAAGUAAGAUUUUCAUUUCAGUCCACAUGAUAUUUGUUUAUACUUGUGUACCUUAUAUGGCUGUGACAGAAUGUUAAAUGUUUAUUACUAAAUGUUCAUAUGUUGAUAAAAUAUAUAUGUAUGUACUAAUGUACAAACAUUUUACAUCAUGUUUGAUAGAUUCUGUUUAUAAAUGAUACAUAUACAGACUGGGGAGGUUUAUUUUGUCCUUUUGGAAUGGAAAGCUAAAAAAUAAAAUAAUCUAUAUUGCU